AUGUCUGACGUUGAAGAAAAACCACCUAAGUCAUUCGUUGAAUCCUCCGAUGAGUCCGACGACGACGACAUCGACGCUUUAAUUGAGGAGCUUCAAUCCAACAAUGGUUUGGACGAAGAUUCCUCCUCUGAAGAAGAAGAGCACGUCGCCGCCGGUGAGGCCAGAAACGUUCCAGAGGAAUUGUUGCAAACUGACCCAUCUUACGGUCUAUCUUCCGAUGAAGUCGCCAAGAGAAGAAAGAAGUACGGUUUGAACCAAAUGAACGAGGAAAACGAAUCCUUGGUCGUUAAGUUCUUGAUGUUCUUCAUUGGUCCAAUUCAAUUCGUCAUGGAAGCCGCCGCUAUUCUAGCUGCCGGUUUGUCUGACUGGGUCGAUUUCGGUGUUAUCUGUGGUUUGCUAAUGUUGAACGCUUCUGUUGGUUUCAUCCAAGAAUUCCAAGCCGGUUCCAUCGUCGAUGAAUUGAAGAAGACUUUGGCCAACACCGCCGUCGUUAUCAGAGACGGUGAAUUGAUUGAAGUUGCUGCUAACGAAAUUGUUCCAGGUGACAUCUUGCAAAUGGAAGAUGGUACCAUCAUCCCAGCUGACGGUCGUUUGGUUACUGAAGACUGUUUCAUCCAAAUCGAUCAAUCUGCGAUCACUGGUGAAUCUCUAGCUGUCGACAAACGUUACGGUGACCAAGCUUUCUCCUCCUCCACUGUUAAGAGAGGUGAAGGUUUCAUGGUCGUUACUGCUACUGGUGACAACACUUUCGUUGGUAGAGCUGCUGCUUUGGUCAACAAGGCUUCCAGUGGUCAAGGUCAUUUCACUGAAGUCUUGAACGGUAUCGGUAUUGUGCUAUUGGUUAUGGUUAUUGUUACUUUGUUGUUGGUCUGGACCGCUUGUUUCUACAGAACUGACGGUAUUGUUAGAAUCUUGAGAUACACUCUAGGUAUUACCAUUAUCGGUGUUCCAGUUGGUCUACCAGCUGUCGUUACCACUACCAUGGCUGUCGGUGCUGCUUACUUGGCUAAGAAGCAAGCCAUUGUCCAAAAGUUGUCUGCUAUUGAGUCUCUAGCCGGUGUCGAAAUCUUGUGUUCCGACAAGACCGGUACUUUGACCAAGAACAAGUUGUCUCUACACGAACCAUACACUGUUGAAGGUGUCUCUGCUGACGACCUGAUGUUGACUGCUUGUUUGGCUGCCUCCAGAAAGAAGAAGGGUCUAGACGCUAUCGACAAGGCUUUCUUGAAGGCUUUGGCUCAAUAUCCAGUUGCUAAGGGUGCUUUGACCAAGUACAAGGUCUUGGAAUUCCACCCAUUCGACCCUGUCUCCAAGAAGGUUACUGCUGUUGUUGAAUCCCCAGAAGGUGAAAGAAUCAUUUGUGUCAAGGGUGCCCCAUUGUUCGUCUUGAAGACUGUCGAAGAGGACCACCCAAUUCCAGAAGAUGUCCACGAAAAUUACGAAAACAAGGUUGCUGAAUUGGCCUCCAGAGGUUUCAGAUCUCUUGGUGUUGCCAGAAAGAGAGGUGAAGGUCACUGGGAAAUCUUGGGUGUCAUGCCAUGUAUGGACCCUCCAAGAGACGACACUGCCGAAACUGUUAGUGAAGCUAGAAACUUGGGUCUAAGAGUCAAGAUGUUAACUGGUGAUGCUGUCGGUAUUGCUAAGGAAACUUGUAGACAAUUGGGUUUGGGUAGUAACAUUUACAACGCUGAAAGACUAGGUCUAGGUGGUGGUGGUGACAUGCCAGGUUCCGAAUUGGCCGAUUUCGUUGAAAACGCCGAUGGUUUCGCUGAAGUUUUCCCUCAACACAAGUACAAGGUUGUUGAGAUUCUACAAAACAGAGGUUACUUGGUUGCUAUGACUGGUGACGGUGUUAACGAUGCUCCAUCUCUAAAGAAGGCUGACACUGGUAUUGCUGUUGAAGGUGCUACUGAUGCUGCUAGAUCUGCUGCUGAUAUUGUUUUCUUGGCUCCUGGUUUGUCCGCUAUUAUCGAUGCUUUGAAGACCUCCAGACAAAUUUUCCACAGAAUGUACUCUUACGUCGUCUACCGUAUCGCUUUGUCUCUACAUUUGGAAAUUUUCCUGGGUCUAUGGAUUGCUAUUUUGAACCAGUCUUUGAACAUUGACUUGAUUGUUUUCAUUGCUAUUUUCGCUGAUGUUGCUACUUUGACCAUUGCUUACGACAACGCUCCAUUCUCCCAAAAGCCUGUUAAGUGGAACUUGGCAAGACUAUGGGGUAUGUCCAUCAUCCUAGGUAUUAUUUUGGCUAUCGGUUCUUGGAUUGCUUUGACCACCAUGUUCUUGCCAAAGGGUGGUAUUGUCCAAAACUUCGGUUCGAUUGACGGUAUUAUGUUCUUGGAAAUUUCCUUGACUGAAAACUGGUUGAUUUUCAUUACCAGAGCCGUUGGUCCAUUCUGGUCUUCCAUUCCAUCGUGGCAAUUAACUGGUGCCGUCUUCGCUGUCGACAUCAUCGCCACUAUGUUCACUCUAUUCGGCUGGUGGUCUCAAAACUGGACCGACAUUGUUACUGUCGUCCGUGUCUACAUCUGGUCCAUUGGUGUCUUCUGUGUCAUGGGUGGUUUCUACUACGAAAUGUCUACCUCUGAUGCUUUCGACAGAUUGAUGAACGGUAAGUCGCUCAGAAAGCACGACAAGCCAACGAGAUCUUUGGAAGAUUUCAUGGCUGCCAUGACCAGAGUUUCCACUCAGCACGAAAAAGAAAACUAA